GGAGCAUACAAAAAAAAGUUAAAAAAAGAAAUAGGGCUAUAACGUAAGGGAGUACGUACAUGUACAUCGAGUAUGAACGAAAAACUUACUUUUGUGCUUCGGGUUGUGUAUAUAUAUAAAUCUCUCCAACGAGAGGCAGAGAAAAGAAAUAAAUUGAUCGAGUAGAAUAUAUUUAGUCCAGAACAUAACCGCUAUCACCCGAAAAUAAAAAUGCUUUGGAUUAUUCUUGGGGCCUGCGCAUUGGAUAUUGCAGCUACGGUUUUGGAGAUUGCGGCGGGAAUCAUGCAAUCUAAUCAGGUGAGGAAUGCCGUGAAGGAUCCGUCGAGUCUGUCGGAUUGUUAUGAGGCAAAGGAUUUUGUCAUUUUUUCGCUACCCUUGCUACUUGCAGGAUUUUGUGGUGGGCUAGCUCAUCUAAUUGCUCACUUUUAUGGACAAAUUUGGAUCUACGAAAAGCGUCUCUCUCUCUCCAAUAAACGGAACAUAUAUGCAAUCCUUUUUGCAACAAUCACUUGGUCCGCAUUUCUUGUGGGAUGGUCUAUGAUUGGUAAAGGGUUAGUUGAGGUUGGUUCGGAUAAAGAGGUGCGCUAUUCUAAUGGACACUGCGCCAUCGCCCACCUCAGCAAUAUUGUGAUUGCAGCAUUUGCUUGGCCUCUUCACGCUUUCUUUGUCUUUCUGGCGUAUUACACAUUCCAUGAUGAUCCUUAAUAAUGACACCACAAGUCAGAAGAUAUAUAUACCAGAUGCUAAUUGGAAUGAUCGAGAGGGGUCAUACGUUUAAUUACUUUGAGAGGUCCUCUUUUGAAAUACAUGCAAAUUAUAUUGUAUGAGCUCCAUUGGUAUACGUAAGAAAAAUAUGUUAUGAUAAUGUACUACAUUGGUU